GUCGGUACUUGACGCUUUGCUAAGCGAAUCUCUUCCGAAAAUGCAUAAAAUCAACCGUGGAUCGGAGUUCCACAAAAGAGGUUCACCACCUAUUCUAGCAAUUUUAUAAGCAUUGUACCAAAUCCACUCAAACCCACCUUUAACAAAACCAUGUUCCAAUCCACAACAAUCUUCCCAAUUCUAAAUACGGAAAAGGUUUACUUUUCAAGACACUAGAGUCUCUAGAAUAGUCGACCAAAAACCUUAACGUGUUCAUUAAAAAAAGAGAAGAAAGCCGACUUUAGAAAAUUAAACGUUCUUCUUAUAAAUCCCCGCUCCUCCCUUCACGAAAAAUAUAUCAACCCAAAAUCAUUUCCAUCUCCAGCAACCCCUAAACAUCCCCUAAUACCUCCUUAAUCCCAUAUCUCUCACCAUGAAGAGUUCAUCCUCAUCAUCAUCAAUUACAGAAGCUGGUUUAGACAUAGGUCAUAAUGUAUUCUUUAAACAAAUCUCAAAAUCAUCUCAAGUUUCAUCACCAAACCGUCCAACAAAAAUCUCAGUCAUCGGAACAGGAAAUGUAGGAAUGGCAAUAGCUCAAACAAUCUUAACACAGGAUAUAGCAGACGAGAUCGCUCUGGUAGACGCAUUACCCGACAAACUACGUGGAGAAAUGCUCGAUCUUCAACAUGCUGCAGCAUUUUUACCAAGAACUAAAAUAGUUGCUUCAGUCGAUUACGAAGUAACCAGUGGAUCUGAUCUUUGUAUUGUUACUGCCGGUGCUCGUCAAAUUCCUGGCGAAUCAAGAUUGAAUCUAAUUCAUAGGAAUUUGAAUUUGUUUCAGAAGAUUAUACCACAGAUAGCAAAGUACUCUCCUCAUACAAUUCUUCUGAUUGUGUCAAAUCCUGUUGAUAUUUUGACUUAUAUAGCUUGGAAGUUAUCCGGAUUUCCGUCAAAUAGAGUAAUUGGUUCUGGAACUAAUCUUGAUUCUUCAAGGUUUAGGUUUCUUAUUGCAGAUCAUCUUGAUGUUAAUGCCCAGGAUGUUCAGGCAUACAUUCUUGGGGAGCAUGGUGAUACUUCAGUUGCUCUUUGGUCAAGUAUAAGUAUCGGAGGAGUACCGGUGUUGAGUUUCUUGGAGAAACAACAGAUAGCUUAUGAGAAACACACCCUAGAGAAAAUACACAAAGCUGUGAUAGAUGGAGCUUACGAGGUUAUAAAUUUGAAAGGUUAUACCUCAUGGGCGAUUGGGUACUCUGCAGCUAGUUUGGCUAGAGUACUAUUGAGAGAUCAGAGGAAGAUCCAACCGGUAUCAGUUCUUGCUGAAGGUUUUUAUGGAAUCGAUGGAGGAGAUGUGUUUCUCAGUUUACCUGCACAACUUGGUAGAGAUGGAGUUUUGGGUGUAAUUGACUUGCACUUGAACGAUGAAGAAAGGCAGCGGUUACAAGAGUCUGCUAAGACUAUCUUGGAGAUCCAAACACAGCUUGGAAUCUAACAUGAGAAAUACACAAAAGAAAAAGGUGACUGAGCUCCUUCAAGAGAUUCAUUGGGUUUUCUAAUUUUACUUUGUUUUUGUUAGACCUCUCUUGCUAGUGUUUACAAUGUACUGUAUGAGUUAUUAUAGUAGCUUAAGUAUGCAUUUACUUUGUUGAUCGAAAAAAUUCAAGUUACUUUCUCAGAUACAUAUCUUAUGCAUGAAUUAUUAUAGGAGCAAAUUGUUUACUAGGGUUUUCUGUUCUUUCUUUUUACUGAAAAUCAUCUUGUUUCUACA